AUGAAGGGUGUUGCAGGAUCGAAUCACGAUUGUCCCUAUUUCGUCUCACCCGCUUCAAAUUUAUCAGCUUUUGCGGCGCCGUUUAGUGUCAAUCCUUACGCUUCCACUGACGUGUCGUCUCACUUCUUGGGUUCAGCGUCUCAGUUCGUGGAUUCAACUGAAUCCGCAGAAACCGUGCCUCCAAUUCACUAUCAAUCUUACGGGUACGAUUUCUUUCCGAACCCCGUUAGAGAAUUGGAUUCCGCUGCUCAGUUCUCUCCUCUGGGUUUUCCUUCUUAUGCUGCAAGAUCAAGUCUAGUUCAAUCCCAACCGUACCCUGUGUCUUCUGCAAUUCCUGAUCACGCUUCUUCGGUGGCACCUUAUCACUGGUCUUCUGGGGUUCCCUCCUCCAAUUGGCCCUCUCUGGAGGAGGCUAACUUCUUACCUGACUUAGGGUUUUCUGGUAUAAACACUGUUUCCUGGGACCAGUUUCCCGAGUUAAAUGGCAGUGGUAAAGGGAAACAGGUUGGAGUUGGGAGCACAAGUCUUUCCUCAAAGGAAACAAUUGUCAGUGGCUUGGUUGUUGAAGAAGGGAUGAACCAGAAUAAAGAUAUUUUUUUAUUGAACGCAGGAAACCAAGAAGUGAAGGAGUCUGUUAAUAAUGAGGUUUCAUAUAUUAUUGAUCGGGAAAAAUACAAUGUGCCUGCAAUUUCAAAUCACUCACCUCAUACAUCUAGUUGGUGGGGAACCGUUAUACCCAUGCCACUUGAAUCUUCAGUUGCAUCUGUUCUGCAGUCCCCUUCAGUGUCUCUAGAAACUCAUCGUGAGGCCCCUUUGAAAGUAGUUGCUGAUUCAGGGAACAAUAACCUGUCAAACAUUGCUUCGCACGACAAACACUCAAGACAUGUUGAUAAAUCUUCAAAUUCUUCAAUGCCAAGAACGGGGUUGACUAAAGAUAUGAAUACUGAUGAUAUUAUGGCAGAUCAACUUGUUGGGCACAGUAAUUUCUUUAAUACUAAGGAGGCUUCUUACAUGCCCUGUCCUGGAACCUCUGGUUGCUAUGACCCUAGUCAUAUCCGUAUGCAUCUAGGAAGAAAUGAACCUUCCUCGUCAAACAAAGCAAUGGUUUCAGACAAGAACGUCUCGAGAAAUGUUGAUGAUUAUAUAUUUAGAGGAAGGAAUGGAUAUAAAAGCGGUCAUGCCAAUAUUGAUAAUUUAAGCUUAAGCCUUCGUUCUAUUGAAGAUGGAAAUUUUGCUGAGAAAUCUUUUGAGGGUGGUGACCGAAGCAAUCCUGCUGAAGACUCACCUUGCUGGAAGGGAGCUUCUGCCUCUCACUUUUCUUAUUUUGGACCUUCUGCGUUCCUGUCUCAAGAAUAUGUACACAAAAAAGAAAGUAGCUUUGGUCCUGUCAUUCAGGAGUCCCAGAAUUAUCUGGUUGAUACAGAAAACAGUACAAAAAAAUCAGCUGAAAAGUCAAAUGGCUAUCAAAUGCAAUCUGAAUUUUCCUAUCAAGGAACAGGUUCUCCUAGGAAAAUUUCAGUACAAAAUUGUGCUUAUGAAGAUUGCAAGUCGGGCAGUGCUCUGAAUGGUGGACCUUCUCAAUUUAAGCCUAACUAUGAUUUUGGGAUUCAAUUUCUGGAUAUUGCCAAAACAAUGCAAAAUAGUGUGCCACCAGCCAAGGCAACCAAUUGUGAGUCUGGUUCUUCUCACACGGAGGAUGAAUUUGCAGAGAAAAACAAAUUGAUGUCUCAAAAACUGCACACUUCACUCAUAGGUGAUGCAGAGGCUGGAUGCAGUGUGAAUAAAUGCCCGGAACAUGAUUCGUCUUACACUGCCGAGCAUGUUGUGUCUUUAUCUUCUUCGGUAGUAAAUUCCACCACUACACCUUCUUCGGUAGUAAAUUCCUCUACUACACCUUCUUCUGUAGUAUAUACCACUACCACACCUUCUUCGGUAGUAGAUACGACUACUAUGAACAUAAAUAAUGGGAAAGUAACAACUGCAAAAUUAAAUGUCCAAAUGAUAGUUGAUACGAUGCAAAAUUUAUCAGAAUUGCUUCUUUACCAUUGCAAAAAUGAUGUCUGUGAAUUGAAGGAGAGGGAUUACAAUGUCCUUAAAGAUGUGAUCAAUAAUCUUAACACUUGUGCUUUAAAGAAUGCUGAACAAACUGCCCCUGCACAGGAAUGUCUUCUCAGUCAGAAUCAGCCUGAAACUUUUAAUUGUGCUGGAGAUACGCUUGAGUUGCAUCAGAAUGCAAGUUUCAAGAGGCCACAAUUAACCAAGAUAGCACCAGAGAGCUCUAAGGUUGAGAAUCCACUUGUUGCGGAGGCAAACUUGCAUUUCAGGUCUGAGAAAAAGCUUUCGGAUUCCAUUUCCUCAAGAAGGACUGCUGACAUGACUAAGGAUCUAAAGAGAACUCUUGGUGAGAAUUUUCAUAAUGAUGAAGGAGCAGAUCCUCAGACUGCGUUAUAUAAGAAUCUGUGGCUUGAGGCUGAAGCUGAACUAUGUUCCGUCUAUUACAAGGCUCGCUAUAAUCAAAUAAAGAUUGAAAUGGAUAAUCACUCUUACAAGGAAAAAGAGAUGGAGAGUCAAUCAAAAUCUCAUGUUGUUCCGACUUUGAGCCAAAAUCAGAGUACAGAAACUAAAGUGCACAAUUAUCCAAACCCUGGUUCAUCUGCCCUUAAAUUAUCCCUCUUGGAUGCUUCGAAUCUAGAGGGACUAUCUUGCUUGAAUUUUUUUACGGAUGUGAACAAGCUUAGUGCAAUGACACCUGCAGGAAGAGACCGUCAGAACCUAAAUAGCUCCAUUGAUAGUUUUAUUGUUUCCUCCUCAGAUGAGGAGCCUGAAAGAAAUGAUGAAACUUCUGUUACGGCCAGAUACCAUGUUCUCAAAGCCCGGGUUGACCAUUCAUGCACUGAUACUACCAAUCCAGAGGAACCAUUAGACAUGGCUGACAAGUCAUCACCUAGGGGGAGUGAUAAUCAAAAUGCAGUCAAUUUCUGCCAAGAUUCCCCUAAUCCGGAAAAAAAUAUUACUGAUUAUGAGGCAUCUGUUGUGGCUAGGUUUCAUAUUCUUAAAUCUCGGCAUGAAGGUUCAAGUUCUAUUUCUUUAGAAGGGAAACAAUUAGAUGGAAUUGGAUCUGAUGACAAAGAUAUGGAUGACACAACAAUUUCAAAAAAAAUUAAGGGUAAAAGUGAUGUCCAAGAAAAUCCUGCUGCUUUGGUGCUUCUCAAAUCCUACGUUGCCAUGGGCGAGUCAAUCCCAGAGGAGUUUCACCAGGAUUUGGAGCACAGUCAAGAAAUUCAGCCUUGCAGAACUAGUGAGUUUCAACUGUCUAACUAUUUCUCUGAUGGCUUCUCUUCUGAUUGGGAACAUGUGGAGAAAAGCUUGUAG